AUGCUGGCGACGAAACGCGCCCUCUGCUCAGGGUGUCAGCAUGAUCUCCUGACACUCUUCUACAGAGGCUUCUGUGGCCCGGCAGUGCCCAAGUUGAGGUCGCCUCUUCGACCGAGUUCAAGGAGGAACCAGUGGCAACAGCAGCAUCGAGCCUUCCGUAGCACUGCAGACUUGCAGCAAAAUGGCGAGCCUCAGGCGCCAGUCUCCGGUACUGAAGCGCCAUCCGAGACAUUCCUCUCUGAUGAUGAGCUCAACGCACAGUUCGCAGAGCUAAAACAUCUGGAGCAAUUCGCCGACCCGGACGAGGGCGACCCGACCCGGCGGCGUCGGCCCAAAGGCAUUGCUGUGCAGGAUGUGAAGGUUACAGACGAGGACAUUGUCGUUGAGCAAGAUCAGACACUUGCGGAGAGUCCCUCCCUACGUGGCCAUGAACACUCAUUAGCUGAGCUGCACGCUCUACGAGAGGAGGGCGCGAGCGCUACAGAGAUAGCAGGCAGGGCACGUGAGCUAUUUGGAGAUCGAUUACCUUUGCAAGCGCUGCAAGCAAGCGAGUUCAGUAUCUACAAGCGCCUGUUCGACGACCCACUACUCCCUGAAGCCAUCUCAGAGUCCGUGACUCUCCUUGACGAAAGCGGCGAAGAGGUGGACUAUGACUCCCUGAAAGAUCAUCUCGGCUUCACAGAGGAAGAGAACGAAGCCUCGUUGGACUUUCAUGACUUCGAAGAUAAAGCUAGAAGUAGGGAGCAACUCGAGCAAGAGCCAGACCACUUGUUCGAGGACGAAGAUGUCUUCGAGGAAGCAGAAUAUGCUGAUGAAGAGGCCGCCGAAGAAGACGAAGAGUCCGACCCGACACAACGUCGACAUCCUCUCACGGCAUUGGGAAAGUUUGCGACCACCCCGAAGACCCUUAGCAUGCCUAUCGCAAACUACGUCAAACCGUUGAGUAAUCUUAUGCUAGGCCACAGCUACAAGCAAUUGACAAAUAAGCGGGAGACAGAGAGCCAAGUUGCCGUGCAGAUGGAAGCGUCCCAGAACUUUAUGGGAGAAAUGGCGGCCAACGCCUUUCUUACCGCUGUGAUGCCGCCUGCAUAUGCGGCCAUUUCUGCAGCCCUUGUUGAUGCGAGAAGACGACUUGGCCCGACCUGGCUGACCAGUCUGCUGUCCAAAGAAGGUGGACCUCGCGUUCUGGAUGCUGGUGCAGGCGGUGCUGCGAUACUAGCAUGGAACGAGAUCACCGAAGCCCACUGGAACACUUUGCACACAUCAGAAACUGAGCCCAAUCCGGUUCCUGCAAGCAAGGCCGUCGUCCUAGCUGGCUCCGAUCCAUUGCGCCAUCGCGGGACAGCACUAUUAGACAACACAACAUUCAUCCCUCGUCUGCCAGACUUCGGCACCACCAGGUCUAAGCCAACUCUAGACGACGAUAGACCAGCACAAUCACGGAAGUCAUUCGACGUGAUCUUCUCUUCAUACUCUCUACUGCCAUUCAAGGAAGAAUGGGAACGGAAGCAGUACAUCUCGAAUCUCUGGUCUCUGCUAUCGCCUGAAGGUGGCGUGCUCAUUUUCAUCGAGAAGGGCAUGCCUCGUGGCUUCGAAGCUAUCGCCAGUGCCCGCGAGCACCUUUUGGAGCGCUUCAUCGCCAUCCCACCUGGCCAAGAAACAAAAUAUAGUGCGGUCCAGAACCAAGACAUCCAAGAGGGCGCACCAUGGACGCCUGAACCCGGCAUGAUCAUUGGCCCAUGCAGCAACCACGAAGGGUGCCCCAUGUACAAGAUCCAAGGCGUGUCCAUCGGCCGCAAAGAUAUUUGCUCCUUUCAACAACGCUAUAUUCGUCCUCCUCCGCUGCAACGCGUGCUCGGCGCCAAGACCCGCAAUCACGAUGACGUUGACUUCUCCUACCUUUCCGUCAUGCGAGGGCGUGAUCUGCGCCGCUCCGACUUCUCCGCCUUCGACCAUAUCGCAGACGCCUCCUCCGCGCCUCUUCAGCCAUCCAAUAGCGAGGCCUUUGCUCACUCCACUCAAUCCAACACGGAAGCCUUCCUAGACCACAUCGGCGCCGGUCUGUCAAACCACACGCCCGACGCUUCUAUUGAACCUGACAGUGCUGACGACUCCGUGAACAUCAACCUCCCCACACAAAACGCUCGGUUUACACCAACCCAUCACCUCCCCCGCCUCGUCUUCCCACCCCUCAAACGCCGCUCACACGUCAUCCUCGACCUCUGCACCCCCCGCGGCACCAUCGAGCGCUGGACCGUCCCGCGCAGCUUCGGCAAACAAGCCUAUCGCGACGCCCGCAAAGCCCAAUGGGGCGACCUGUGGGGUCUCGGCGCGAAAACCCGCAUCCCGCGAACCGUCCGGCAGGGCUCUGGCAGUGACAAGCUCAGCAACAUCCUAGGGAAGGGCAAAUCCUCGGCUCGAGAAGAGAAGCUAGCCAAUGCGCGCUCCAAGCUUCGUGAGCGGGAAGAGCUUGAUCGCGCCGCUGAAGAGGAAGCAGAUUUCAUGGACCGCGAGCUCGACCGUCUGGACGUCGCCGGCCGCAACAACCGCAGCUACGCCUCCAACCCCCACGACGAACCCGACCCCGAAGACGAAGAAGACGACGACGCCUCCUCCCUCCGCGAGGCCUUCGCUCGCGCCCGCCUCGGCACCUCUGCCCUCUACCCGCCCGUCCCCGACCACAUCAAGCGAACGCUCAACCAACCUUCUCCAGACGACCCCCUCGAAGCAGAAAUCGAAGCCAAACUCCGCGCCUGGGAGGACGAACUCUCCGACAACCGACCUAUCGACCGCACCGGGAAACCGCUGCGGACGACUGCUCGACGGGAACGGAAUUUGCAGAAGGCGAGGGAGGCGAUGGAUGAGCAAGAGCGGGAGAAGUUUUGGGGUGCGGUGGACAAGGAUGUGAAGGAGAGGCAGGGCGCGCCGAUCCCGAAAGAGGGCUCUGGGGAUGGAUCUGCUGCAAAGGGAGUAUGGGUUGGGGCUAAGGGGGCCAAGAAAGGCGAACGGAAGCCGAGAGCGUGGAUAGCGCCUGCGGAUGGCAAUGCUGACCUCAAGGCAAGGGCCAAGAACAAAGUCGUCGCGAAGCCACCAAGAGGCGUUCAGCAGGACGGCAAGCGGCGGCCGAAAUCAUCUAAGCCGGUCAGGAGUACUGUAUAA